ACAGUGAGCCCUCGUGCAGUUAUCACCUGACCGCGUCCACGGACCGUAUGUGCCCAAAUAUCUAUCUUCAUUCCCACUUCCAAUCUUUUGUGUUGACAGCAGUCAUUUUAAAUUAUCGGAAAUGUUACGACCAAAGGCUUUGACCCAAGUUCUCAGCCAAGCAAAUACAAACGGAGUUCAAAGCACAUUACUAUUGAACAACGAAGGUUCCCUUCUGGCAUACUCUGGCUAUGGUGACACAGACGCACGGGUCACUGCGGCUAUUGCCAGCAACAUUUGGGCAGCCUAUGACAAAAAUGGUCAUCUAGCUUUCAACGAGGACAAACUGAAAUUCAUCUUAAUGGACUGCAUGGAGGGGAGAGUGGCCAUCACUCGUGUCGCAAACCUAUUGUUGUGUAUGUAUGCCAAAGAGACAGUGGGCUUUGGAAUGCUGAAAGCCAAGGCGGAAGCGCUUGUACAAUACCUGGAGGAACCCUUGACACAAGUGGCAGCAUCUUAGAGAAAAUGAACGCAAUCACUUCUUCCUCUUUCUGGUGUCAUUUUUUGGGAGCAGAAGGGAGACUCACUUUGUGCGCUCGAGUGUGGCUGCAUGUUAGGAAGUCUGGACUUUGACUUAGAAUGCUGUCAACUGUCUUCACAGAGAAUUAACUAUUUAUUUAUAUAACUAUUUUACACGCUCACACUCAUAUCUGCAGGAUUGAGGUAUGUGUGAUGUUCUGUAUAGACUGCUGUGUGUGUUGUUUUCUUUGUGAACUAACAGCUUUGCCUGUGUGAGAAACAAUGCCUUCUGUUGUGCUUGUCUCUGCUCAACAAUCUGGAAGAUAUAUGUGAAAAUGAAAGAUUUUUUUUGUAUGAAAUGUGUACAAUGUCAACAAUUUGUACAAAUGUACUUAAAGAUGCUGAAAACACGCAAGUAAAUAUAUUAAGUAAUUGUAUUAAAACGCCCAUUUAAAACCAUCAUCCCUUGUUUAUGGUCAAAUACUGUAUGUCUUGUUUAUUUUGAAUAAAGAUAUAUGCAUUA